AUGGGCCGCGACUACGAAGAUGACCGCUCGAACAAGCGGAGGAAGCUGGACUUCAACCCACUGCGCAACGACGAUCGAUUCAGCGACAUCCCAUCCCGCCCCCAAAACCGCUUCAACUCGAGAAGCUCUACACCGCGCGCCGGCUCAAAAUUGGCUGGCGCAUCCACACCAAAGCAACGAGAGUUUGACGGCCCAGAAGAGGGCGUCGACGACCAAGAUGCCAUCAACGCUCUCGACCGCGACUGGUAUGGUGGUGACGAUGACUUGGGUGGACACACGUUUGGCGACGACACCCAUAAUCCAUUCGGCGAUGAGGCAGGCUGGGCAGCGCAGGAAAGGGAGGCCGCCUUGAUAGAGAAAAAGGUCGCCAACUUUUCGCGCGGCGGCAUGAACGCGCGACAGUUGCAGAAACAAAAGGAUGUUGAUGCGUGGGAGACCAACAGAAUGCUCACAUCCGGUGUGGCGCAACGAAGAAAUAUGGGACGCGAUUUUGAGGACGACCAAGAAGGGACCCGCGUUCAUCUUCUCGUGCAUGACCUACGACCGCCGUUCUUGGACGGACGAACUGUCUUUACGAAGCAAUUGGAGCCCAUUCCUGCCGUUCGAGAUGCCCAAAGUGAUAUGGCUGUCUUCAGCAGGAAAGGGAGUCGCGUUGUGAAGGAAAGGCGCACGCAGAGAGAACGCGCAAAACAGGCUCAGGAGGCAACAAACGUGGCAGGAACUGCGCUGGGUAACUUGAUGGGGGUGAAAGAAGAGGACACCGACAGCGCCCUUCCCAUCGCGAGUGAGGAAUCUGGAAAGGCGCAAAACUCAAACAAAUUCAGCGAACAUAUGAAGAAGUCGGAGGGCGCAAGCAACUUCAGUCAAAGCAAAUCCCUGAAAGAACAGCGGGAGUAUCUUCCAGCGUUUGCUGUUCGCGAAGAUUUGCUGCGGGUAAUUCGAGACAACCAAGUGGUCAUUGUGGUCGGAGAAACAGGCUCUGGCAAAACGACACAGCUGGCCCAGUUUCUGUAUGAAGAUGGCUACGGCAAGGUUGGUAUGAUUGGGUGCACACAGCCCCGAAGAGUAGCAGCAAUGAGUGUUGCCAAACGUGUGGCUGAGGAAAUGGAAGUAAAACUCGGGAGUACAGUGGGCUAUGCGAUUCGUUUCGAGGACUGCACCAGCAAAGAGACGGUUAUCAAGUACAUGACAGAUGGUGUGUUGCUUCGAGAAUCUCUGAAUGAGCCGGACCUUGAUCGAUACUCGUGCGUCAUCAUGGAUGAAGCCCACGAAAGAGCGCUCAAUACCGACGUUCUCAUGGGCUUGUUCAAAAAGAUUCUUCAGAGACGCCGCGAUCUGAAACUGAUCGUGACUUCGGCCACGAUGAACUCCAAACGCUUCUCCGACUUUUACGGCGGAGCUCCCGAGUUCACGAUCCCGGGUCGAACAUUCCCCGUUGAUGUCAUGUUUCACCGGUCACCUGUUGAGGACUACGUGGAUGCGGCCGUGCAGCAGGUCCUGGCGAUUCAUGUGGGCAAACCAGCAGGCGAUAUUCUGGUAUUCAUGACGGGCCAGGAAGAUAUCGAGGUAACGUGUGAGCUUGUCCGUGAACGCCUGGAUGCGCUCAACGAUCCUCCAAAGCUCAGCAUCCUCCCUAUUUACAGUCAAAUGCCGGCAGAUUUGCAGGCCAAAAUUUUCGACCGAGCUGCCCCGGGUGUUCGGAAAUGUAUCGUGGCCACCAACAUUGCCGAGACCAGUUUGACGGUCGAUGGUAUCAUGUAUGUGGUUGACGCAGGGUACUCGAAGCUCAAAGUGUACAACCCACGAAUGGGUAUGGACACGCUACAAAUCACCCCCAUCUCGCAAGCAAACGCAUCGCAGCGUUCCGGUCGUGCCGGGCGAACCGGCCCCGGACAGGCCUACCGUCUUUUCACCGAAAAGGCCUUCAAAGACGAGAUGUACAUCUCCACAAUCCCCGAGAUUCAAAGAACCAACCUGAGCAACACAGUCUUGCUCCUCAAGUCCCUCGGCGUCAAAGACCUGCUCGACUUUGACUUUAUGGACCCCCCACCCCAAGACACCAUCACGACCUCCUUGUUCGACCUGUGGGCGCUGGGAGCCCUGGACAACCUCGGCGAGCUGACCGACCUGGGACGGAAGAUGAACGCCUUCCCCAUGGACCCCUCCCUCGCCAAACUUCUGAUCAUGUCGGAGCAAUAUGGCUGCAGCGAAGAGAUGGUCACCAUCGUCUCGAUGCUCUCCGUCCCCAACGUCUUCUUCCGACCUAAAGAACGCCAGGAGGAAUCCGACGCCGCACGGGAGAAGUUCUUCGUGCCAGAGUCAGACCACCUGACCUAUCUCCACGUCUACACGCAGUGGAAAGCAAACGGGUACAGCGACCGGUGGUGCGUCCAGCACUUUUUGCACUCCAAGUCCCUCCGCCGCGCGAAAGAGGUCCGGGACCAGCUGCUGGAUAUCAUGAAGAUGCAGCAGAUGGAAAUGGUGAGCUGCGGGACGGACUGGGACGUGAUCCGAAAGUGCAUCUGCUCGGGGUAUUACCAUCAGGCGGCCAAAGUCAAGGGCAUAGGCGAGUACAUUAAUUUGCGAACGUCGGUGACGGUUCAGCUCCACCCGACGAGCGCGCUUUAUGGGCUGGGUUUCUUGCCGGAUUAUGUCAUUUAUCAUGAGCUGAUCCUGACGUCGAAGGAGUACAUGUCUACGGUCACGUCGGUGGACCCUCACUGGCUGGCCGAGCUGGGCGGGGUGUUUUAUUCGGUCAAGGAGAAGGGGUAUUCGGCUAGGGAGAAGAGGAUCACGGAGACCGAGUUUAACAAGAAGAUGGAGAUUGAGGCGCAGAUGGCGGCGGAUAAGAAGAGGCAUGAGGAGGAGGUGCAGGCCGAGGAGGAGCUGAAGCUGGUGAAGAAGGCUGGUCCGGCGGGGAAGAGUAAAGAUAAAAAGACGGUCACGUCGGGGGCGGUGGUGAAGCCCGUGAGGAAGAGGGCUGGGAGGGGGUUUUGA